AUGGUAAACAUUGUAAAGUCACGACCCAUGAAAAGUCGCAUAUUUGCAGCUUUGUGUGAGGAGAUGGGAGCAAAGCAUAAAACCUUGCUGUUUCAUACGGAGGUCCGGUGGUUGUCGCGUGGCAAGGUCUUGGUUCGUGUGUAUGAGCUGCGGGAGGAACUUAAAGUGUUUCUGACAAAUGAGGGGUCAGAUUACGCAAAGCAGCUUGCAAGUGAUGAGUGGUGUGUAAGGCUGGCAUACCUGGCAGAUAUAUUUCAUCAUCUGAAUGAAUUGAACACCCGAAUGCAAGGCCGAAAGGAAAACCUGCUUACAAUCUCCACUGAAUGCCUUGACUGGGUUAGGGACCCUUAUAGCUCAGCAUCAGUUGUUGGAAAGGAAAUGACUUUACAGGAGCAGGAGGAACUAAUUGAACUGAGACAAAAUCGUGGUUGCAAGCUAAGAUUUGCUGAUCUACCUUUGGACAGUUUUUGGUUGGAUACUGCCAGGAGUUCCCUUCUGGCAAACAAAGCUAUUUUGACAUUGCUCCCUUUUUCCACUACAUAUCUGUAUGAAUUUCCUCCUGCUGCUCUCCCUCCUCUUGCUGCUCCCCCUCCUCUUGCUGCUCCCCCUCCUCUUGCUGUUCCUCCUCCUGCCGCUCCUCCUCCUUCUGCUCCUCCUCUUGUUGUUCCUCCUCCUUCUCCUGCUCUUCCUGCCGCUCCUUCUUUUUCUGCUGCUCCUCCUCCUCUUGCUACACCUCCUGCUGCUCCUCCUCUUGCUACUGCUCCUCCUUCUGCUCCUCCUCUUGCUGCUCCUUCUGCAAGAGGAGCAGCAGGAGGAGCAGGAAGAGGAGCAGCAGCAAGAAGAGCUGGAGGACGAAAUAUUCGGGGCAGAAUAACAAUAUUUGGGGGCAGAAUAUUGUUACGGAUUUGGUGGGUGCCAACAUGGUUUUAUCUAGAACAGGAUUUAAUUCCUGAAGAAAAACCUAGCAAUUGGGUGUAG